UCUCGAUCAUCUAAUCACCACCACCAAGGCACCAACCAACGACAGAGCUUGCCUACGAUCCCUCAUGGCGGCCACAGGCACCAAGCAGCAGCAGCCGACGGCAACACCGGUGGCGACCGUGGUGGACCCCAAGUUCGAGUGGGCGGAGAAGGAGGGCAGCUACGUGCUCCGCCUCACCCUGACCGGCUUCAGGAAGGACGACUUCCGGGUGCAGGUGGACGGCACCGGGAAGCUCACCGUGCGAGGGGCGACCAGGCCGGGCGCCGGCGGGCCUGGCUCCGCCCUCUACAGGGUAUUCCAGCUGCCCGCAACUGCCAGCCUCGAGGACAUCGCCGGCCGCUUCGAGGCCGGCGUGCUCACGCUCACCGUGCCCAAGCUCGCCUCUUCCGGUGCCGGUGUGGCCACGGAGGACGGUGCGCCGCCGACGUCCAUCGAGGAGAUCAGGAGGAAGCCCGCGAAGGAGGUUGCCAAGCCGGCGGCACCCGCAGAGGUGGGCGGCGCCGAGCCCAAGGAGAGCGUGCUCAGCCGGACGACUCGGCAGGUCGCCGAGCGCGUUCAGCGCAUGGAAGAGGAGGCCAACAGGCGCAAGCAAGAGGAAGAGAAGAAGCCAGCACCAGCGGCGAAGAAGGACCAACACCCAAGACCCAAGGCUCCUCAAGCGGCGGCAGCAGCUGCGGCGACACCCGAGAAGCAAGAGCCAGCCAUCAGCGAGAAGGCCAAGGCGGCAGUUGACCGGGAGAGCCUGGAGGACAAGGUUAGGCUGUGCGGCGACGGCGAGGAAGUGAGGGCCAAGGCAGCUGCCACGCCGACAGCCAUGGACGCGAAAGCGGAGCACGAGAAGGCGGCGGCGGCUGCGGCGGCGACAUGCACCGCCUGGAAGGAGCGCAUUGUAGGGGAGCUGAAGGGGCUGACAGACAUGAAGUGGGCGGACAACACGUUGGAGAUGGCGAAGAAGAACAAGGAGGUAGUCGCCGUCGGCGUCGCCGCCUUCUCGCUCGGCUUCUUCGUCUCUCAGAGGCUCUUCGGUAAGUGAGCAGCAAUGAGUACCAAGGAUGACCAUCUCACAGGCCAACAGCGGGCGCGUAAUAUGUACAGGCUAUUGUUGUGUUAGUAAAAUGUACAUUGACUCAACAACCAUGUAAGAUAUAUGUGGAAUCAAUCAAUCAAAGUGUGUACAUUCAGACAACAAACAUGGAGUCAAUCAUAUCUGGUCCUAUACGACCAUGAAUUAUAUGAUAUAUUGACUCAAGA